AUGGUACUUGGAGUCGUCAUGAUGGCGGCUAUGCUGCCGACCAUGAUUGGUAUAAAUGAGGCCACCCAGGGGUCACGAGAUCAGGAGGAAGCCCGUCGCACCACGGCCCGCAAGCAGCGUUCUCACCUAGUGGCCACCUGUGCUAUCACCCAAGGCACUUCGGAAAUGCGGUCACAGGUGCACAAUGCCCAAGUCCAAGUGGGUCUGGACGGCAAACUCUAUAUCACCAAACAUCCUAGCGCCACAAUGGUGCCUUUUAAUGGGGGUUUCUAUACACAUCCAGACUUCCCACCGAAUAACACAUCAGGGAUAGUAACCAUCAGUGGUGAGGAGGCCCCGACUCUUCGGUGGGUAUUUCUAGACGCCGACACGCAUGAGAUGCGUUGGGGUGGUCGUCCUGAUUCUCAGGGCCAUGUCUGUGGGCCCUUUGACUGGACAAAAGAUGAACAACAUAUCACUCUUGAAGGGUGGGAAGGGUGGCUGGCAGUGCGAUUGUCCGAGGAUGAGCUCCAGGAGCAGGCGGAGAAAGAGCUGGGGAUCGCCGGGCGUGAUGUUUGGCGAUUGUAUUUCGAUCAAAAUGACGACGGGGCCAAUUUACCAGAAGGGGCUAAGGGGCUGGAAAUCCGGCUGAAGCGGACGACGGCGGAGUCAUGA